CUCUGGUGCUGUGUUUUUUUUUUCCUCAAGCCGGAGAGACGCAAAGGACAUCAGGACGCCGGAGGGGGGAUUUUAACCAUAAUAGAGUUAAAACUCGGGUGUGGAAAUAAUUCUAAUCAACCGGAAACUUGAACAUAAGCUGGGAGAGAAACUCUGUCAGAUCUUGCUGUUUCCCUGUGGAACUAGAAAGAGAAAUUUGUCUCUGGGACGUCGGAAAGAAGCUCGUCUUCCGUGUGGGGGCUCGGGACGUGACGUCGUGUCGUUCUUCUCUGGUAGCAGGAACACCCAGGAACGUGUGCUGUUGGUCGAGCGCAAGCGCUCUGUCUCUUUUAUCAGACUGCGAUGCACCGCUUAAGGACUUGUGCGGCGCGUCUUCGGCCGAUCACGGCCUCUCAGACUGCUAAGACCUUCACACAGCAGAGGCCUGCGGCCACACUCAGGACGUUUCAGCCAAUCCGGCGCUACACCGCGCCGGUGGCCGCCGAGCCGUUUCUGAACGGCACAAGCUCGAACUAUGUGGAGGAAAUGUACUACGCCUGGCUGGAGAACCCCAAGAGCGUGCACAAGUCUUGGGACAUUUUCUUCAGGAACGCUAAUGCUGGUGCGCCCCCUGGCACGGCCUACCAGAGCCCUCCUCCUCUGGGUGUGAGCCUGGCUGAGCUGACGCAGGCCCAGUCUCUGGUUGGCGCUCAGCCCAACGUGGAGAAGUUGGUGGAGGACCAUCUGGCUGUGCAGUCGCUUAUUAGAGCUUAUCAGAUCCGGGGUCACCACGUGUCGCAGCUGGACCCUCUGGGGAUUAUGGAUGCCGAUCUGGACUCGUGCGUCCCCACCGACAUUAUUACGUCUUCAGAUAAACUCGACCUUUCACAUUUCAAGGAUCGGCUAAGUGUUCUAACCGUCGGAGAGAGUGACUACCAUUCUGACUUAUCUCAAAGCUUUAAAAGGGGAUUUUACGGAUUGGAGGAGUCGGAUCUGGAUAAAGUGUUCCGCCUGCCCACCACUACCUUCAUCGGGGGCACGGAGAGCGCUCUGCCUCUGCGGGAGAUCAUCCGCCGCUUGGAGAUGGCGUAUUGCCAGCACAUAGGAGUGGAGUUCAUGUUCAUUAACGACCUGGAGCAGUGCCAGUGGAUCCGUCAGAAGUUUGAGACUCCAGGGGUCAUGCAGUUCAGCCUGGAGGAGAAACGCACAUUGCUGGCCCGCAUGGUCCGCUCCACCAGGUUUGAAGAGUUCCUGCAGAGGAAGUGGUCUUCAGAGAAACGGUUUGGCCUGGAGGGCUGCGAGAGCCUCAUCCCUGCCCUCAAAACCAUCAUCGACAAAUCCAGCGAGUGUGGCGUGGAGAACGUCGUCAUGGGAAUGCCGCACAGAGGGCGACUGAAUGUUCUAGCCAAUGUGAUCAGGAAGGAGCUGGAGCAGAUCUUCUGCCAGUUCGACUCCAAGCUGGAGGCUGCAGAUGAGGGAUCAGGAGAUGUGAAGUACCACUUGGGCAUGUACCACAGGAGGAUAAACCGUGUGACGGACCGGAACAUUACUCUAUCUCUGGUGGCCAAUCCGUCUCACCUGGAAGCCGUGGACCCGGUGGUGCAGGGCAAAACCAAGGCUGAGCAGUUCUAUUGCGGAGACACUGAGGGCAACCGGGUGAUGUCCAUUCUCCUCCAUGGUGAUGCUGCGUUCGCCGGCCAGGGCAUCGUCUACGAAACUUUCCAUCUGAGCGACCUGCCGUCUUACACUACACACGGCACGGUGCACGUCGUCGUCAACAACCAGAUUGGCUUCACCACCGAUCCCCGCAUGGCCCGCUCCUCUCCGUACCCCACCGAUGUAGCGCGCGUGGUGAACGCUCCCAUCUUCCACGUUAACGCGGAUGACCCGGAGGCCGUCAUGUACGUGUGCAACGUCGCUGCCGAAUGGAGAGCCACCUUCCACAAAGAUGUUGUGGUUGACCUGGUGUGUUAUCGGCGUAACGGGCAUAACGAGAUGGACGAGCCCAUGUUCACACAGCCGCUGAUGUACAAACAGAUCAAGAAGCAGAAGCCGGUGCUGCUGAAAUACGCUGAGAAACUCAUCGCUGAGGGAGUCGUCACACGCCAGGAGUAUGAGGAGGAGAUCGCCAAAUAUGACAAGAUCUGUGAGGAGGCUUAUGCUCGCUCUAAGGAUGAGAAAAUCCUCCACAUCAAGCACUGGCUGGAUUCCCCUUGGCCUGGUUUUUUCACACUGGAUGGCCAGCCCAAAAGCAUGACCUGUCCUUCUACUGGAUUGAGUGAGGAGGAGCUCACACACAUCGGUCAGGUGGCAUCAUCUGUACCUGUGGAAGACUUUACCAUUCACGGGGGUCUGACUCGGAUCCUGAAGGGGCGUGCUGAGAUGAUCCGGAACCGGACGGUGGACUGGGCUCUGGGAGAGUACAUGGCCUUCGGUUCUCUGCUUAAAGAGGGGAUCCACGUGCGUCUCAGUGGCCAGGACGUGGAAAGAGGAACCUUCAGUCACCGUCACCACGUCCUUCAUGAUCAGAACGUAGAUAAGAGGACGUGUAUCCCCAUGAACCACGUAGCCCCAAACCAGGCUCCCUACACCGUGUGUAACAGCUCGCUGUCUGAGUACGGAGUGCUGGGUUUCGAGUUGGGGUUUGCCAUGGCCAGUCCGAACGCCUUGGUUCUGUGGGAGGCUCAGUUUGGAGACUUCCACAACACGGCCCAGUGUAUAAUCGACCAGUUUAUCUGUCCCGGACAGGCCAAGUGGGUCCGUCAGAACGGCAUCGUCCUGCUGCUGCCGCACGGAAUGGAGGGCAUGGGUCCCGAGCACUCCUCAGCUCGCCCUGAGCGUUUCCUGCAAAUGUGCAACGACGACCCUGAUGUUUUCCCUAAAAUCACGGACGAUUUUGAGGUGCGUCAGCUGUACGACUGCAACUGGAUCGUGGUGAACUGCUCCAGUCCUGCCAACUACUUCCACGUGCUCAGGAGGCAAAUCCUACAGCCCUUCAGGAAGCCUCUCAUCGUUUUCACUCCCAAAUCUCUGCUGCGCCACCCAGAGGCCAAGUCCAGCUUUGACCUGAUGCUGCUUGGCACACAUUUCCAGCGCGUGAUCCCAGAUGAUGGUCCUGCAGCCCAGAACCCAGAUGCAGUGAAGCGUCUGAUCUUCUGCACAGGGAAAGUUUACUACGAGCUCACACGUGAACGCAAAACUCGUGGCAUGGAGAACAGCGUGGCCAUCGCACGUAUCGAACAGCUCUCUCCGUUCCCCUUCGACCUGGUCAAGGCUGAGACGGAGAAAUACCCCAACGCUGACCUGAUGUGGUGUCAAGAGGAGCACAAGAACCAGGGCUACUACGACUACGUGAAGCCUCGCAUGCGCACCACUAUUGACCGCGCCAAGCCUGUCUGGUAUGCUGGUCGUGGAUCUGCUGCUGCUCCAGCCACCGGCAGCAAGAACUCCCACCUCCUGGAGCUGAAGCGCUUCCUGGACACUGCCUUCAACCUGGACGCCUUCAAAGAUCACGUCUAAUCCCGCAUCAGACGUCUAAUCUCACUUCGGUUAUCCCACCUGCUCCAAACGCGUGUCCAGUCAGAUCUCAUUACCGCGCUGCCAAACGCUGCUUUUCUCAGUCUUGUACAUCGUCAUACACACACUUCAUCUGUAACACACAUGUACACACACACACUUGCAACAAACAGCAGUCCUCUAAAUGCACUGAGCGCUUCUUUCCGUCCUACGCACACAGUUGUGACUCAUUGCCACUCUGGAUUUCUGUUAGGUUUUUUUUUUUAUUUUUUAAAUUCCAGACGUGUUCCUGUGAAAGGCCACAAAAAACAGCACAAGCAUACAUGCUAACGGCUAAUGCUGGCGUGACAGUUACAGAUAACCAAAGCACAGCUCGUGACGGGUUUCAGAUUAAAAAAAAAAAAGUGGAGGUUGCUCACCACAUCCCCUGUGGCUUUUUAAUUGAUUAGAGGAGUUAGUUUUAGGUAUAGAUUAUGCUUUUUUUUCUUUAAGUUUUUAUACAAGUAUUAGCCGAUAAUAGAUGCAACAAUGACUUUAAGACUUGCAAAAUCUGUCUGUAUUUGAUUCUGAUGGAAGGAAGGAAAGAAAGAAAGACGAACAAAGAAAGGAAGUGGUCAGUCAGCAUCCUGUGUGGUCACAUCACGCAGAUUAAAAAAAAGUCAGAUUGUAAAUUACGGCAAGUAUGAUCCAGUGCUCACGCUAUCCGAUCGGAUAAUCCGAUAUCAGAUCCCGAUGACCUCCAUAUUCCUGUAUAAACGAUGUAAAUUGCUCUUUGCUGCUUUAUCUUGAGGUUUUUGUGCUUGCACCAAGCUACUGACAUCCAAACGUUUGGUUUUGGUUUUUUUUUUUUCCCCCCCCUUUGAAGGACUUUAAGUACUAUUUUAUUUUCUUCAUCUCUAGUUUUAUUUCUGAUUUAACAUCACACACAUGCACUCUCACUCGGCUCAUUCGAAUGUGGUUUCUUCUAACGGUGGUGAUACACGACAGACGGGACGCUUUUCCUGCCACUUCUUUUAAGUUGUAUGAUUGUAUUUAUAUGAAUAUAUCCGCGCAAAACGCAACGAGGCUCGUGACCGGUGGUUAAAAAAUAUGUACAUGUGUAUAUUCCACAUAGCUCAUCAUGACAGCCGCCUCAUCCCGUUUGAGCUUGUUCUCUCAGGUGUGCACACUAAAACCCCUUAAAAAAAAAACCUCAGCGUACGGCAAACUACACCUUCAUCUGCUUCUCUUCUGCUACACCAUGUGCCAACAAAAACCAAACCCAAAACAUGAACUGAUUGGACUGGCUGCUGAACUCGCACUGAAUCCUGUUGGUGUGGGGUCCUCCUGCAAGGAAAUGCACGCCUAUCGUUCGUGGAAGCAGAUGAUUUUAUUUAUUUUUAUUUUAGAAAAUUGAGAUCCUGUCCUUGGUUAUCUUCAUUCAAUAAACACAUUAUCUUCUCA